AACGCCAUCAGACGAAUUUACGAGAUAGGGUCACAGUCCAAAACUGCGAUUAAACCAUCACAAGAACACUUGCAUAAGUGUUCCAGUGACUAAAGCGUGUGUAAUCAUAAAAAUAUUUCUCCAACCCAUUUAAGAGCGCUUCCAAUUCUUCAUUUAUCAUUCGCUUAUUCACGAAACUCCAAUAACUCAAUCAUUCCGGUUUUUCGAAUUGAUGAAUAUUUUGUGCGUCUGUGUAAUAAUCGCCACCAAAUAGCCACAUAUUGGUAAUCAGUAAUUUGAAAACUUCAUUAGACCACGAACAAAUUUCGAAUCAUUCCUCUAUGAUGACUCUGGAACAUUCCAACUAAUUAUGCAAGAAAAGAUAUGAAGUCAGUGCAACACUAGUGAUCACUGAAGUGAGAGUUCAAGGGGACAAGUGAGUUUUACGCGGUGAUUUUUAUAAUAGAUAUCGAUGACAUUGCUGCAUACGUCACGAAGGAUUUCUCCUAUAACGUCAAAGUGAACGUGAACUAAAGUUAUAGCAAAGGGGCUAUUAUCAAACUAAACUCGGCAAUUUACAAAUACACAUGUCAAAUGGAAGCAACCUGGGAAUUAGAUAGGAUUCCUCUCGUUAUGGCUCAUCUUACUACAUUUUAGAGCGAAUAUAUCUAACUAGAACGAGAUUGUACCACCAUUACAAAAAGUGGAAUCAUGACAGUGAAGAUCAUCCCAGUUUCUCUAGGCGAAGAAGUUAAAUUGCAUCUGUUAUCGUUCAUCUUUGGUAUUUAUUUAAUUAUUGUGAGAAUGUUCAAAUGGGCAUGGAACCCUAAGAAGUUCUUCGGAACGAUGAAGAGAGAUAAACCACCUCCUUGCCUUAUUGACGACAGCCUUGGAAAACAUUUUUACGUAAAAGUAAAGAUUGAGGCCAAAAAUGAAACUGAAACCGGCAUACAGGAGGCAAGUUCGUCUUUAGUGACUAUAGCAGAUCCUUCCGGCCAGGAACCUCAUCAAUCUGAUGGUUCCAGUGGACAUGAGGCACCCCAUAACAACUCAGAGGGCUCCCCUAAUUGUAUUCUGAGAUCCGGCAGUUCAGAUUCUGGUUCCCCUAAUAAAAAUGUUUCCCUCACUCGUAUCACGACAUCCAGCGGCAUAUCACAGGGCUCAAAUAGUAGAAGCGUGUCUUAUCAUUGUGUCCCAGAAGAUUACAGCGAUGAUGAGCAGGAUGAGCAGCUGUUUCGUUUUACACAAUCAGACACUGAUGAUGAAACGGAAAUCAUCAACGGGGCAGGUAUCUUGACUGAUAUUUCGAGUGAAAAUUCAGUUCGAGGAAUAACGAUCAAUAUCGACCGAAGCGGAAAUAAUGAUCAGAUAUUAGAGGGCGGUUCUGGCUCAGAAAAAUUUAAUUUUGAUGAAACGUUGUGUUCCUGCACUGAUACAACUAUUGGAGAAACUCUUCUAAUGAUCAUGUCUAUUGGUCUUAGACACACACUACCAUGGACAGCUUUAGUUGACAUUUGCCAAGCCAUCAAUAUUCUUUACAAUCGACGAAUUAUCCCUGAUACGAAGUAUCUGCUUCAAAAGUUUUUCCCAUCCCACAUUGACAAAGCUACAUAUCAUUUGUAUUGUCAAGAGUGUCGGGAAUACUUAGGUGAACGUAGACCUGAUAUCCAAGAAAUUGAGUGCGUCUGUGGAUAUAAAUUAAUCGUUAACAAAAUCGACUCCUAUUUUAUUGAAUUUGAUAUGGCGGAACAAUUAAGGACCCUUUUUAAAAAUAAUUCGCUUGCAGAAAGUUUAAAAUCUCGUUUUAAUAGAGAGGAAGCUGAUGACAAUACCUUACGAGAUAUCUUUGACGGCGUCACGUAUAAAAAAUAUGUUUCUUCUGGACUUUUAGAUGAUUGGAGGAAUAUUUCAUGUACGUUUAAUACGGAUGGGUGCAAACACGCAAAAUCUUCCAAAUUAGCUGUAUGGCCGAUCUAUUUUAGAAUCAAUGAACUUCCAGAGAAAAUGAGAGGUAAACAUAUUCUCAUGGCUGGACUUUGGGUUGAUAAAACAGAGCCAGAUAUGAAUUUAUUCUUAAAGCCGUUCGUUGACCAAUGUAACAGUUUAACGUCGAAGGGAUUCAAUUGGGUACUGAAUGGAGAAAAAAUAACAAGUAAAGUAUUUUUCAAUUGUUGCUCUGUGGAUUCGCCAGCUCGAUGCGCCAUGCUUUGCAUGAAAUCAUUUACAGGAUACUUCGGCUGUACACUGUGUUAUCAUCCAGCAAGGCUAGUGAUGAAUACUCGAAAGUAUCCUAUAUUAGAUUCGGUUCCCCAUCCUAGAACCGAUGAAAGUAUCAAAAAAGAAAUGAUAGAAUCGCUAACGAGAUCGAAUGAGGAUGAAAAGAGAGGUGUCUUAAAACCAUCAGUUCUGAUGAAUAUUAAGAAUUUUGAUCUAGUUGCUGGCAUGCCACCCGAUUACAUGCAUUCUUGUCUACUUGGCGUCACUCGGCAAUUCACUGAGAUGACCUUAACUGGUACAAAGGGAAAAUAUUAUGUAGGUAGUCCAGCAAAAAUGUCUCUGAUAAAUGAACGAUUAAUGAAUAUCAAGCCACCAAGCGUAAUCCAUAGGAAACCAAGGUCUCUAAAGGAAUUUAAAUUGUGGAAAGCCACAGAAUGGCGCUCUUGGCUCUUAUUUUAUUCUCUGCCUUGCCUUGAAGGUAUACUUCCUCAUAAAUAUAUUAAACACUGGAGUUUGCUCGUUAGCGCAAUGGAAAUUUUGUUGAAAGCUGCCAUCACACGUAAUGAACUCCAGGACGCACGUGAAGUGUUGGUCAAAUUCGUUGAAAAGUAUCAAAAAUUAUAUGGAGUGUACGAAAUGAAAUAUAAUAUUCAUCUACUCCUUCAUUUGUCUGAUUCUGUGCAAAACUGGGGACCAUUAUGGACGCAGAAUACCUUUGAUUUUGAAAACCAAAAUAGAAUUCUAUUGCAAUUCAAACAUAGUUCUAGAAGGAUUGCCACUCAAAUUGCUAAUAGGAUACUAUCAUUCCAAAAUCUCAAUGUAUUUUCAGAAUCAGUUCAUGUGAGCCUUCGAGUACAAUCAUUCUGUCAGAGUCUCCACAAAAAACAGUUGCGAUGGUAUUGCAGACUUGAUGAUCACGUUCUGGUGGGAAACAGAAAGAGCUACAUUCUAACUGAUGAGGAGAAAAAAUGUCUUAACAUGCCUAUAAAAAGUUGUGACUUUUUUUCUCGUAUGAUUGUGAAUCGAAUUCGGUACUCCACCAAAGCAUAUUGUGAUCAAUAUUGUACAAAAAUAGAUGAUUCUGUGGUUUUAUUACAUAACAAUCAAAUAGGUAUGAUAUCUAGAAUUUUAGAAGUGCAGGCAGAUAAUAAGGACGUGAACACUAUUAUUCUACUCUCUCAGAUGAAACUCAAAGAAAAUUCUCCAUCACUUAGUCAGGUUAGUCAUAUAAAUCAAUGCGAAUUGACGGAUCGAUUGAUUGCUUGUACCCCAAAGGAUUUGAAUCAUCCAUGUGUUUCAAUUCCUACAGAAAAGGCACACUAUGUUGCAACCAUACCACGUGGAGCUUUGAUGGAUUCAUAGAAAAGUGAUAACAAUGUACUCACUUUCUCAUUCUCAA